AUGGGCGGUUUAAAGCUGCUACGUGCCGCAAACCCUAAACUCUUCUCAGAUCCGGAAUGCGACAAAUACCCGACAAGCUACGACGAACUAUCAGUCUUUUUAAAACGCGAGCAGGUAUAUAGCGGCGCGGAGCUUGCCACAGAGCUUGACUACUUAGACUCAGUGCUUUAUGGUGAUAGGGAGCGUGGUAUUGAUCUGGACAGGAAGCUGCGAGUUGAGUACGCCAUGUUCAAAGCCACGACAAUGCAAAAUGAAAGGGCCGGGCCCGGUCCCUCGCUGGACGAAUUAGUGGUGUUGAAUGAGCAAAUCCAGAACGCGCACAAACAAAGGACGUCUGAGAUCACCCAAAAGCAAAAUGCGUUUUAUGCGGCACUAAUGGCGCUACUGCAGUCUGUGUCGCUGGACCAGGCAGCCCUGCAAUCCAUUUUGACCGCAGCAGAGGGUGGUCGCGACUGCGACGACCUGGAGAAGAGCAGCUCCGGUAUGAGUCGCAGUAUUCAGCCGUCUCCGUUAGACGAAGUUACUUCUUAUUUAAUAUCUGGUGCACUGCAACAUGGAGUUGAAUUGAAGCCAAGUACUCUAGAGCCUGAAUCCCCACGCGACGACAUAACCUUUUUCAAAGAAUGCAUAGACUCCCUCUUGCGUAACGUUGGUCUCACGCAACCGCCGGCUGAAAACCAGGAUAGAGAUAACGACCGCAAAGAUGAGACCGGAGAUAGCGAUGUCGCUGUGGCAUUGAAAGACCUGCAGCUCGCACACAGUUUCCUCACCAAAAAGUUCGAAGGCGAUAGAAAUGAGUAUUUGCACAGUAUAGACAAGCUGACGCGUACCAACAAGGAAUUAUCUCACGAGCUUCUCACGUACCACUCGGAGCUGACAACCGUGAAGGAGAACUGUGACGCAUUAACUAAGGAACGGGAAGAGCUGAAGUCACAGUUAGAGUACCACACGUCGUUAAAUACACCCACUCUAGUCGCUUCGUCGCCGGUAUCGAACGCGAGUGCUAGUUCCGCCGCAAGCGGGAGCAAGUCGUACUCAAUAGGCGUUAUGCGGAGUGAAUUCAAGAAAGUCCUAACAGACACCCAAAACAGAUAUGAAAAGGAGCUCCAGGAGGAGCGCGAAUUACGGAAGCAACUGGAGCAAGAACUAUCCUCCUUUAGGACGCGGAGGUCGGGGCACAAUCUAUAG